AGAAGCUGGUGACGUCUGCUGACGUAAGCACCGUCAAUAUGCGCGAACGAGCAGUUUAUGGCUUAUCCUGAUAGCGAACACUGUUUUGUUUUCGGUUUUGCUUUGUUUUCGUUCUUCUUGGUAACGUGGGCGUUGUAUUAAAUGGGGAACGGGAGCUUACCAUGAAACUCCGGGUGCAAGUUGACAGGACUGAUUCCAGCAGAGCACUGAAACUGAGGGAGUCUCCCACUGUGAUGCAGCCUAACUCGAGUGACCGGGGGAAUCAUGCAGGAAAUGGUUUGUCACUAACUCUGCAACCAGAGCUUGUCACCAGAACACCGGGCCCUGGUGCCGCCGCUGCUAAUCCUGACAACAGUGAGGUGUGUGUACCCAUGACAAGCACAUCAGGGGAGACCGGUGGAGGCACAUCCACCAGGAGGUCUAGAGUCAACUCCCACUCCCACAGCCACUCCCACUCCCACUCGCAUUCACACGGACUCAAUCGGGGAUUGCACCGCUCCAGUUCAGAACCAGAGCUUGAGUCGCCUGACUCUGAUCUGGACUCUGGAGAGCCCAGCAGCUCCUUGACUGAACUGCGCUGUAUCUUCCGCUGGCUCCAAAAGAGCCUUCCUUUCCUUGCCAUACUGUGUUCUAAACUGGUCGUCCAACAUGCUCUCGGUCUGGCAGUUGGAGUUGGCCUCUUUACUACAUUUUUGUAUAUGAAUAAAAGCAUUCAGGCUCAGGUCUUUCUUCAGGACCGUCACUCAAAGCUGCACUGUGUGUGGCUGCUACUCUUCCUGACCUCGUCCACUCUUCUGCUUUACUACACAUUUGGCACUGAAACACUUUACCUCUGCCUCAUUUUGCUCAACCCAACCAUUGAGAUGCUGGGUUUUUGGGAGGUGCUAUGGGCAGUAGGCAUCACCAACUUUAUUAUAAAGUUUCUCUUUAUGGGGAUUAAGUGCCUUAUUCUUCUGCUGCCACCUUCAUUGGUGUCUUUCAAAACCCAGGGGAGGUGGCUGAUGCUGACUGAGGAGGUGGGUCAGGUCCACCAAUCUAUAGCUCCUGCUUCACUGUGGUUCCGUUACCUGGUCUCCUACCAGGAGGCUGACGGCCUCUCUGGGCUCACAGUGGGGGUCCUGCUAGCUUUACUCUACCUCAUACUAAAGCUUUUAGGAUUGUACAGACAGUGGACAUCUUUAAUGAAAACUGUAGGGGUGGUUUUGAGGGGUGAGCAUACAGGUAUAGCAGCUACUAGGAGUCAGUGCAGUGAGGCUGGAGGUGUCUGCCCCAUCUGUCAAGGAGAGUACAGGGAGCCUCGGGUUCUCCUCUGUCAGCACAUAUUCUGUGACCAGUGCAUUGCCCUGUGGUUCAAUCGGGAGAAGAGCUGCCCUCUGUGUCGUACAGUGAUCACAGAGAAGGUCUACAAAUGGAGGGAUGGAGCCACAUCUCCUCACCUGCAGAUUUACUGACUGGGGACAGCUUUGUAUUACUGGUACAGAUAUUACUGUUUUGUUUUUUUGCCCCACUAAUAUUAUUGUACACACUGUUAAACAGCCCAAGGCAGUGGCCCUUUGGGUAUUUAACUUGCACAUACAGUAAAUGUAACUCUGGCUUCUUUACCAGAUCAUUCCUACUCGUCACCAUCAACUGAAAGUUGAUUUAAUUUUUAAAAGUUCUGUGCCCUUGAUCUUUAGAAUUUUUGUUUGUCCUAUGUUUUGCUGUUGUUUUUUCCUUCUGUUUCUCCUAGGUAUAAAAACAUCAAAGAAAUAUUAAGUAUUAUAAACUAAAUCUUCCUUUGAUACGAUUAAACAAACAUGCAGCAUAUGACCCUUUUCUUACCAAGUAUUUUUAUAUUUGUGGGAGCGAGUCUUGACGCUGCAGUUGGCAGUAAGAGGUAAGGAGCUGUAUAAGUUCAGCAGUUAGCAGAUCUUUGCCUGCGUGCACCCACACACUGAACACAGACAGACAGGCUGACGGGGGGUGAUUCCUUCAGAGUUAAGUUUGCUGACUAUAUUUUCAUGACAGUUAAAGGAUGCAACUGAUCUUUUAUUCAAAUUGAGUUACACAAAUUAUUUUUCUAUAGAGGGUGAUAUAAGCUGAUUUUUGUAAAAGCCAAAGACGGAGAAUCCUUUCUUACCGUGUGAUCACCAUGUACGUUUUUAUCCAUUCACACUGAAACCCUCAAAAUAAAGAUCUAUGUUUGAAUGAUG